AUGUCGAGGCUAUCGAUCUACACUCGAAGUAUACUGAACUUCUCAAGCUCUUUCCAGGCCUACCAGCAGAUUAUACAAGCCAGGAAUGACGACAAGAAAGCUUUCGAGCAGCAGAUAAGUGCGAUGAGAAUGAUUGUGGGCAGCGAGACCGGUAGCUCUCGGGGCCUCAGCCAUCACAUGGAGAAGGUCGAGGCUCUGGAAACUAAGGUUGAGAUGCUGGAGAGGAAGAACGAGCUGUUGAUGAAGGCCCUGGAGAGUGAGCGCUCUUCGGUCAAGGAGUUGGAAGAAGAUCUAAAGAUCGCGGUGGAGCAAGGAAUGAAGUAUCGAGAUGCGUUGCAGAAGCUGUUGCAGGUCCACGAGAGAUGUGGGAGGGUAGCAGGCAGGUCGGAGGGAGAGCAAGAUCGCGUCGUAGCGUUGGAAGCACAGCUGCAGGACAAGGACAAGGAGGUGCAAGCCCUUCGAGCCAGGGUCGAGGAGCUAGAAACAAGGCAAGGGAGGGAAGGACUGGAUGACUCGACCUUGUCCGAGGACGGGAAUGCGCACCUUGCCACCUUUGCCCUGCUGCAGACUCCUGAGAGGAGCCGGAUAGCUCACCGCAAGAACGCAUCCAUGCUGCAAACCCCUCAGUUCGAUCAGCAAGCCUCCAUGCAGGCCAUCGAGAGCCUGCUGGCGGCGACCGAAGGGAGUGUAACAGAGGUGGGAAGCGGGACGACGUCGCUAGCGAAGUCCCUCUCAAAAGUUCAACACCUCACCCACCUCGACCUCGGCGACAACCACAUCGACUCUCAUCUCUCCGCGUGCUCGCCCUCGGAGGUCGGAGAUGAAGGAGGGGAGGCGCUUGCAGCUGCGUUGAGGAAUGGCGCGAGCUCCCUUACCAGCCUCCAUCUGAACAGCAACAGCAUCGGAGCCGAAGGGAUGUUCGCACUGCUCUACCUGAGGGGAAACCUGACGGACUCGCUGCAAGCUCCAAUCCCUGCCGAGGGGUACCGACGACUUGCUAACCAAGCCAUCGUGGGAGUUCGAUACCGUGUGCAAGGAGAGGAGGGAGAGAGCGAGGAGAGAUGA